AAGUGACUGCUGGAAAAAAAAACAAAGGCAGUGAUCCGCGGCUGGGAAAUGUCAUCAGUCAUCCUUAAUGGGGGAACAUAUUUCGAACAAUCAAUGGAGUUAUUCUUUGAGGAGUGAAAUAAGAGAUCAGCUUUAAUUUAUUUUGCUGUUUAUGCAAACAAGACCUCGCAACAGUACUAAAUCGGCUUUCGAGAAUCCACAGGUUCUUCCUCUUCGCUUGUUUUCUUUUUUUCUUCUUCUAUUUUUCUCGAUGGAUCUGGACUGAGUGAAAGCAGCAGAAGGGCUGUUGUAUCGCUCUUCACGGGCUUGUUUAUUUUGACCGAGUGGAGCGAAUAAUGAAGUUGGGGCUUUCUAGAUAGACGUUGAAUGGCUGAACAGGGGGCUAUUGGAAACCUCGAAUUUCAAUGACCACGUAGAGAUUCCACAGCCUCGUUUCUGCAACUGGUUUAUGCCCUUUUUUUCGUUUGAAAUCUGUCGUUUAAGCCGACAGCUUGGUUUGGAUUUUCAGUCGUGAAGAGGGAAGUUACCUGCGCACUCAUCUACCGAGGAGAGGCGCUGUCCGUGGUCCUGAAGUAAUUUCAACAACUCCUGUUAUCUUACUCCUGGCCUUGUGUGAAGACAACUUAAGGGUUUCUCCCAAAAGCAACAGCUGGAGGGGACACUGUCUGCCAGCAGCUCCCGAAAGAGCUUAAUAUGGUAACUCAAACCAGAGUUCAUCUGCAAACUUUGGCACUUUUGAUUUUUGUUGUCCAUCUGAGCCGGCCGGUAUGUGUCGAUAUCCCGUCGGAGACGAAUGCAGUCCUGGGGAAAUCCAUGAAGUUGACCUGCAUUUAUUGUAUGAAGAGGGAUGAGAUCAAAUCAAAGACGCAUGUGGAUUGGUACUACAUGCCAAACAAAGAAAAAGACAUCCCAUCUAACAAAACACCUAUAUACAAGUAUGUUGUUGACAGUCCAGUUGAAUUGGACGGACCAUUUAAGGGCCGUCUGGCCUGGAAUGGGAGCCCGGACUUGCAAGAUCUUUCCAUUCGAAUCAUCAACGUCACCUACAAUGACAGUGGCAUUUAUGAGUGCAACGUCUAUCGGCAGUUUAAGUUUGACUACUUCAAACCAUCGGCCUCCCUCACCAAGGAAAUCAAGUUGAAGGUGAAAGCAAAAGCCACCGGAGAGACCGCAGCGCUCUACUCUGAGAUCAUGAUGUAUGUUCUGCUGGUGUGCUUGACCUGCUGGCUGCUAGUAGAGAUGGUCUACUGCUACAGGAAGAUUUCCAAGUCAGAUGAGCAGGCACAGGACACAGCGACAAACUACCUAGCCAUUCCUUCUGAGCAGAAAGACAACCCAGCCGCUCCUGUUACCGAAUAAAAGCUGUUAACAGUGACACGAUAUUAACCAAUCACGAUGGAACUUCGAUGACAGUAAAAGGCAUAGAGUCCACAAGCUCGUCUAUGCCACUAUGAAGGUAUCAUUACUCCCAGACAGCCAUGGGAAUCCGGCCAACCGACCUUCCCUGUGUAUCAACAAAAAAAGUGCUCAUUUGUCUCCUCCUUUCCUCACAAUUUGUUUUUACCUUCGUGCCAGGCACCUGAAAUGAAGUGUUUUCUUAAAUACAGCAGGUUAAAGAACAAACACGUCAGUGUCUCGCACUUACUAUCAGCCAUGCUUCACUUGGACCUGCCAGAGUAUACGGAGCGACUGAUUAUUUUUUUAGUAGUUAGUGGCGCCUGUGUGAUUUAUAACCUAUAAACGAGAGAAAUGAUCCAAUAAAAGAAACUGUCCUCCUGGCUGUUAUAUACAACUUGAAUACCGACUCUGUUGUUCUUGUUUAGUUCACUUUGUUUUAUUACAAUUUUAUAGACGAUGCUUGGAUUUUGGGUCACAGUUUUAUUUGUUCUGGCCAAUGUAUUUUUAAGGAAAAUGGAUUGCAGCUUUUAUACUGUAUGGAUGUGCAUUUCUCCCUGUUUUGCUGUGUGCAUCAGUGAAACCACAAUGUAAUGGAAAUAUAGAGACAUUUAUACUGUAUUAGGUCACUCUGUAUGAGUUGAUCUAUAUUCAUUAUAUAUAUACGUCAUUAGGUAUAAAUCUUUAAUCUGUGUUCAAAGUACAUCCAGUAGGUUAAGUUUUACUCGACCAGUAACUCUGAAAUUCUUAAACUGUGGCUGGUGUUCUAUAACAGCAUUGCUAUCGAGAUUAAAUGCGUGUGCAGCGAUGUCAAAAUGUGUAUAUUAUUUGAUCCAAUCAUACCACACUGUUUUUUGCCUAUUACGGAUAUGUGUGAGUGAGCUCCUUUUGAACUAUUAAACGCGAUGCAUCCCA